CCCAGUGACAGCCGAGCAGCCUCCUCAAGAGCCCAGCAGCGAGAAUUCAGACAGCAGCAGUCAGUCUCCCCAGUUCCUGUUUCCGCCACGACUCGUGAAGCAUCCCAUUCGGUAAAACAUACGCGCAGUGGAGAUACAAGUACACCAGUGCCAAAUCAAGGGGGAGGGAAUCAUCCUCGCAUGUCCCAGCUAAGCUUUUUAUAGGACACACAGUCAGGACCAGAAUCCCUUGCAGAGGCCCUAGAGGAAUAAGAUCUCAUCAGAGCCGUCAGUUCUCUGAAGUGAAGUCUCAUAAGUGAAGUCUCAAGGGAUCUCAAAAGCCUCCGCCCCUUCUCCGCGAGGGGCCGCUGCCAUGAUAUAACCUCCAAGCCUCUAAGUGCACACGCAAGCGAGACCCAGCGACCCCUGACGUCCCCCUUCCUGAGGUGGUGCGCUACCGCUGAGCUGAGUAUGCCUCAAACUCCCGUAUUGUGAAAGGAGAGUGUGCGCUGGGCAGCACUAAGCGCCAUGCGUCCGUGGACGGGCUCGUGGCGCUGGAUUAUGCUGGUGCUGCUGGCCUGGGGCACGCUGCUUUUCUACAUCGGGGGUCACCUCGUGAGGGACAGCGAGCAUCCGGAACGUUCCAGCAGAGAGCUCUCCAAGAUCCUGGCCAAGCUGGAAAGGCUAAAACAGCAGAAUGAAGAUCUGAGACGCAUGGCCGAGACUCUCAGGUUACCUGACGGACAGGCCGAUGGUGGUCCCGGAACCGUGGGUAAAUUACGCAGCCUUGAAGAACAACUUAUUAGAGCGAAGGAAAAGAUCAACUCUUACCGCAGCCUCCCUGCUGAUGGCCCAGGAAAGGACCAGGAGGAACUAAGGAGGAAGGUGGAGAACGGCGUGAGGGAACUCUGGUAUUUCGUACGCAGUGAAUUGAAGAAAGUAGGACAGGUGGAGGCUGGAGCACUACAGAAACAUGUGGACACACUCCUGCAGGACCUUGGACACCAGCAGAGGUCCAUCAUGACAGACCUGUAUCAUCUGAGCCAGGCCGACGGUGCUGGAGAUUGGAGAGAGAAGGAAGCUAAAGAACUGUCUGACCUUGUACAGAACAGAAUCACAUACCUACAGAACCCUCAGGACUGCAGCAAGGCUCGCAAGCUGGUGUGUAACAUCAAUAAGGGUUGUGGUUACGGCUGCCAGCUGCAUCAUGUGGUCUACUGCUUCAUGAUUGCCUAUGGCACACAGCGCACACUCAUACUGGAGUCGCAGAACUGGCGCUAUGCCACCGGUGGAUGGGAGACUGUCUUUAAACCCGUCAGCGAGACUUGCUCUGACCGCACGGGGGCCUCCACUGGACACUGGUCUGGUGAAGCAAACGAUCGGGACGUUCAGGUCAUCGAGUUGCCUAUUGUGGAUAGCCUGCACCCUCGUCCCCCCUACCUGCCCCUGGCCAUCCCUGAAGACCUUGCAGACCGGCUUCAGAGGCUUCACGGAGACCCACCUGUGUGGUGGGUGUCUCAGUUUGUCAAGUACCUGAUCCGCCCUCAGGCUUGGCUGUUGAAGGAAAUUCAAGAGGCCACCGCCAAGAUGGGCUUCAAGCAUCCCAUUAUUGGGGUGCAUGUGCGGCGGACAGAUAAGGUAGGGACGGAGGCGGCAUUCCACCCCAUAGAAGAGUACAUGGUGCAUGUUGAGGACCACUACCAGAGUCUGGCCCAACGCAUGCAUGUGGACAAGAAACGGGUUUACCUAGCAACUGAUGACCCCUCUCUACUGCAAGAGGCCAAAUCUAAGUACCCUGAUUAUGAAUUUAUUAGUGAUAAUUCUAUUUCAUGGUCGGCUGGGCUACACAACCGCUACACUGAAAACUCUUUGAGAGGAGUCAUCCUGGAUAUCCACUUCCUCUCCAGUACCAACUUCUUAGUGUGCACCUUCUCCUCACAGGUGUGUCGAGUGGCCUAUGAGAUCAUGCAGACUCUCCACCCAGACGCCUCCUCCUUCUUCUACUCCCUCGAUGACAUCUACUACUUCGGUGGGCAGAACGCCCACAACCAGAUCGCCAUCUACCCACACCAACCACGCAACAGCGACGACAUCCCGCUCGAGCCUGGUGAUGUGAUCGGUGUUGCGGGCAACCAUUGGGAUGGAUACUCGAAGGGAAUCAACCGCAAAACGGGCCGUACCGGCCUCUACCCCUCUUAUAAAGUCAAAGAGAAGAUUGAGACAGUGAAGUAUCCCACGUACCCAGAAGCUGACAAACUUCUGAAGAAGCCGUAGAUUGAGACAAUGACAGUGCAGAUACUCUUGUUCAUGAAAUGAGGAAACCCUGGACCACCCGGAUGGGAAUGCACUUUGUGUGUGGGUGAAUGUG